AUGGCAGCUACAUGCGCCUUUUGCUAUUUAUCACCUCAGUACUUCCAACAUCACCACUCCGCCAUCUCCUUUCCUAUCUGCUUCUCAUACAUGCCACGAGUCUAUGCGUUCAUGGAAUACGUCAUGAUCACCGCCUAUGGGGCUUUUCACAUGACAUCGCUUAUCGACAUCAGGCACAUCUCGUUCAUGUGUUAUCCGCGUACUUGCUCCGGCGAAUGCGAACCUUUGGACCCGGCCAACUUUGCGAAGGGGUCCAAGUUCGAGCACUGCCGUGCUUAUGAAUACCAACAACGUCGAGUGCGCAACUUAUAG